AUGAUGGUUCGCCGCGCUCUGCUCGCGGCUGUGCUUCUGCGAACGGCCGCCGCCAUCCAGGUCGUGGAGGACCCAGGGGGGCUGGCCGAGCACAAGGAGGCCGAGGGCAGACAUCUCAGCCGCAAGGAGAGGGCGGUGGCUGAGCGCAAGGCCCGGAGAAAGGAGGCAGCCAUGAGGGCCGUGGAGGGCUCCAAGAAGCCUGGCACGAGCGCGUCGCAGGGCGAGGCCACGGGCCAGGCGGCGGGGGCCGUGGAGGGCUCCAAGAAGCCUGGCGCGAGCGCGGCGCAGGGCGAGGCCGAGGGCCAGUCGGCGGGGGCCGAGCACUGGGAGGCCCAGGGCAAGCCACUGAGCCGCAAGGCGAGGGCGGUGGCCGAGCGCAGGGCACGCAGAGAGGAGGCGAAGCGCACGGCGAAGGAGGAGCUCCUUCGGGAGCGCGUGCAGGGGCGCCCGCAACCUGCUCCCGAGCCGACGCCGGCUCCGACGCUGGCGACGCCGGCGCCAACACCCGAGCCGACACCCGAGCCGACAUACACGAUGGACCUUCCUGGAGUGCCCUGCCAGUGUGAAAAACCGUCUUGCUUCAACAGGUACGACCUGGACGAGAACACCUGCAUCACCCAGGCCGAGUGCGACUUUCAGGCGCCGCUGUUGGGAAACUGCACCACAGUGCCCGCCACCUACGGGCCGACGGUGUGGGACCUGGACGGAGACGGCUGCCUCAAUUAUACUGAAUGGGACAUCAUCUUCGAUGCGACGAACGGGUCCGUGUGCCCGACGGACGUCCCGACGCCCUGCGACGAGUGCCCCGAGGGGUACACGGUCGUGAGCAGCCCCUGCGGCUGCGAGCCGUGCGUGGGCGGCGAGGUGCGCCGGCGCCGCGCGCUCGAGUGCACCCCGUGCCCGUCCCCCCUCGUCGACAAGGGCGAUUUCGACGACUGCAAGGACCCUUACACGCCAGAGUUCUCGAAUGGCACCAACAACUCGGCCAACAUCACCGUGACGGUCCCCUUCGAGACGUGUGACACGUUCUCUCUGGGCGACUCCAUCACCAUCAGUGGGACAGAUAGGGAUGGAAAUCCUGCUUCGCACACGACAAUAGUCAUGGGGAUCACUCCCACAACCGGGGGAUUCAUUCUCGAUCUUCUUGACCCGCUCACAUCCGAUUUUGCCGCUGACGCGUCAGUUCGGGAGACCUGCUCUUCCACCGACGGGACCGAGGUGAGCUCGAAGAACUCUCCCUUUGCCGGUGGUUGUUGCUGCGCCUGUGGCACGGACUGCUGCGAGACCACGGAGGUGUGCACCGUGUACCCUGACGGCACCGGUGCGUGCUCCCGGGCUGGCCCUUACCCACUGUUCCCGACUCCGGCCCCGACCGUCGGGGCCAAGGGCGACCCGCACCUGGUCAACCUGCAGGGAGAGCACUUCGACAUCAACCACGAAGGCAAGUUCACACUGCUUCGUUUCCCCCAGGCCGCCGAGAAGUCGGCCGAGUUCUCGCUGCAGGCGGCCAUCCAGCCAGACGUCGGGAAGCCGUGCACCACGUACAUCACGCAGGUGGAGCUCUCGGGGACCUGGCUCGGCGACAAGGCCGUGCAGAUUCGCUGCUACCGCCGGUCCCAUUCGAACGACACCGACGCGUUCCUCGGUGCCCGGCUGCUUGAGGGCGAGAGCGAUUCCCCCUGGCAAACCAUCGAGGCGUUUCAAUCGAAGUACCUCGUCUUGUCCGAUUCGGAGUCGCAGUACGAAGUUUCACUAGACAAGGUAACGUGGUUCCCCAAGAAGCGCUCGAAGAAGGGGCCGACUGCUGCAGGCAUGUUCACCCUCACUCUGCGCAACAAGAAGAGCCAUGUGGGCGCGAAGAUUACCAUGCGCCAGGACUUGCCCGAGCAGGAGCACCUGAACGUGGCAGUGCGGCAGUUGUCCCAACUCGGCCGCGUGGACGUCGGUGGGCUGCUCGGCUUCGACGCACAUCCUCAGAGCCUGGAGCGCCCCUCUGCAGCGUGCGUCCACCACAGGGCCACGGCGCGCUACCACGUCGAGAGCCAGGACGAGGCGGACCACGGCUACUACUUCAGGCCCGCGUGGAAGGACCGCUGGGACAGAGUUCGCAGGGCGGGCCGCUCGCGGGACAACGAGGCGGCCGCCAGCCUGAUGGGCAAGCUUGACGAGAAGGGAAAUCACGGCCAGGGGAGCGGCAUGUGCAAGUGCUCGAGCGAAGGCAGCAGCUCCGGCAGCUUCGAGGGAGUGCUCGUCGAGGAGGCGAGCUUCGUGUUCGCCGAGGCGUCCUGGGAGUGA